GGUUGGCAAGCUUUUUAAAUAACGUAGUUGGAAUAGGGCACCUGUUGAGUUGUUUCAAAAGGACACAUAGUUCUUUUGUUUCUGAAACCAUGUCCUCCAUUGCUCACUCCGCCUUAUUCCCCCCUUCCCUAGCAUCCCCGGAAACACCUGCUUCUCCUCUGAGACUGUGUGACUUCGGAAGCCAAGCCAGCCAGACGAUGCCCAUCGACCUGGGGCAGGCCCUGGGCCUGCUGCCGUCCCUGGCGAAGGCCGAGCACUCCCCCUUCUCUGGCCCGGAGGCCGAGCUCUCCAGCCCCGAGGCCGCACGCCAGCUCUUCAGGCAGUUCCGUUACCAGGUGGUGUCCGGGCCCCACGAGACGCUGAGACAGCUGCGGAAGCUGUGCUUCCAGUGGCUGCAGCCGGAGCUGCACACCAAGGAGCAGAUCCUGGAGAUCCUCAUGCUGGAGCAGUUCCUCACCAUCCUGCCCGGGGAGAUCCAGAUGUGGGUGCGCAAGCAGUGUCCCGGCAGCGGCGAGGAGGCCGUGAGCCUCGUGGAGAGCCUGAAGGGCGACCCCCAGAGGCUGUGGCAGUGGAUCAGCAUUCAAGUUCUGGGACAGGAAAUCUUGUCAGAGAAGAUGGAGUCGCCAAGCUGCCAGGCGGGGGACGUGGAGCCCCGGCCUGAAGUGGUGCGUCAGGAUUUGGGUCUGCAGACGUCACCCUCAGGGCCUGGGGAGCGGCUGAGUCACGUGGUGAAGGAGGAAGCAGACCCGGAACCGGGACUGGCUCUGCCUGCCUCCCACCUUCCCGCCCCUCCCAAGGACGGGCUCCUCAGAGACCAGGACUUUGGAGCUUCGCUUCUCCCAGCAGCCCCGCAGGAGCAGUGGCGACACCUGGACACCACUCAGAGGGAGCAGUACUGGGACCUCAUGCUCGAGACCUAUGGGAAGAUGGUCUCAGGAGCAGGCAGUUGUAGUUCCAAACCAGACCUGACUAACUCAGCAGAAUAUGGGGAAGAGCUGACAGGACUGCGCCUCCAUGGUGCUGAGAAGAUGCCGAGACCCCCCUGCCUAGGAGGUAGACAAGAGAAUGACAAAGAGAACCUGAACUUGGAAAACCACAGGGACCAGGAGCCUCUCGCGGGCGCCUGUCAGGCCUCAGGCGAGGCUCCCGUGCAGGCUCCUUUGAGGGGCUUUCUCGGUGGGGAGGAGCCUGGGUGCUUUGGACCUGGAGAGACCCUCCCUGCGGCCCUGGAAAACCUGCGUGCGGGAGGGGCGGAAGGACAGGUGUCUUCUCCGGAAAGGAAUUCUGGGAAAGCAUCAGGCCAGCCCUUGCCCCUCGCUCACCCAGGAGAACUGCCCGCCACCGUGUGGCCCGAGGAGAAGAGGGAGGCCUUCCCGAAAGCGCAGCCCAGAGCCCCGAUGGCCCAGAAGCUGCCCACCUGCAGGGAGUGCGGGAAGAGCUUCUACCGGCACUCGCAGCUCGUGUUCCACCAGCGCACACACACCGGCGAGACGUACUUCCAGUGCUCCGUGUGCGCAAAGGCCUUCCUGCGGAGCUCCGACUUCGUCAAGCACCAGCGCACGCACACCGGGGAGAAGCCGUGCAAGUGCGACUACUGCGGCAAAGGCUUCAGCGACUUCUCCGGCUUGCGGCACCACGAGAAGAUCCACACGGGCGAGAAGCCCUACAAGUGCCCCAUCUGCGAGAAGAGCUUCAUCCAGAGGUCGAACUUUAACCGCCAUCAGAGGGUUCACACGGGCGAGAAGCCCUACAAGUGUAACCACUGUGAGAAGAGUUUCAGCUGGAGCUCCAGCCUGGACAAACAUCAGAGGUCCCACCUGGGCAAGAAGCCCUUGCAGUAGCAGUUCUCCUACCCCGGACAAGAGAGAACCUGGAUGCGGCCUCGGGCUUGGGAGCGCUCUUGGCAUCUGGCUGGAAUUCGAUGACGCUUUUCCAUCAGGAAGAGGAGUCCCCGCGCGUCAGCUCCUCUCUUCUCUCGUACCCGUGGGAUGGAGCGUGGCAAGUGCUGCCUGGGUGGGGUGAGCCCAGCUCCAGGCCCCGCUUAAAGGAAGGACGAGGCCAUCCCGGGGUUGGGGUGCUGGAGCAGGUCUGCUGCCGCAGGGGGCACGCACAGAGGGCUGGUCAGCUCGCGUAUGUUCCUUGCCGGAGGGGUAAAGACUUCCAAUGUCCCUUGCUUAAAAUAAACUUACUGGAGUCGGUCUCUUA